AUUUGAGCUUUCUUCCGGGUUGUUGGCACGUGAACAGAGAAACGUGUUUUCGUCGCAGGGCUAACUUUUGGUGAUCUAAACUAGCUCUCAACUUGAAAAUGGCCAAAAGUCUUCGCAGCAAGUGGAAGCGGAAGAUGCGGGCGGAGAAGAGGAAGAAAAAUGCCCCCAAGGAGCUGGCUCGACUAAAACAGGCGCUGAGUCUGGAUAAGAAAGGAGAAGCAGAUAUAAGCGACCUGCAGGACAUCGCCACGGUGGUCCCGGCCGACAAGAUAACAAAGACGGAUGCUGAAAUGGUCGAAAUUAAGGAGGAGGAGGAGGAGGAUGACGGGAAGAUGGACAUGGACAAGAAGCGCAACAAGAAAACUCUCUUGGAUGAAAAUGGACAGUACCCCGUGUGGAUGAGCCAGCGGCAGGCCAAGAAAUUGAAAGCCAAACGGGUGACUAAGAAAACGGGAAAGGUGAAGCAGAAGAAGGGAAUCGCCUGGUGAAGGAAAUCGAGGCGGUUCGUUUUAAAAGACUUGGGAUCAAAUCUUUCUUCGUCUGCGCUGGAAGACUCAUCAUGGAGGCACCAAAAGGCCCCGAGUUCUGCAUUGUUCUCAUGGGACAGCAGCUUUUAUGAGUUAGGAGCGGGUCUUGUUGUCAUAAGACUCACCAGUGGCCUAUUGUGUUUAAAAACGAAAUAAAUCACCUGAAUAAAGAAGACUUUUCUUCA